AUGGCCGAACUUAAUUCGCCUAUCGGCGAGGGGUUCAAAACCCCGAGCGAUGAAGACUUUCGAGGGCCGGAUCUAAGAAAACGCAAGCCCAAAACAGCAGCUACAUCAGAUGAGAGUGAAGAAGAUGUUGAUAAGAUUGAUGAGCGGUAAGAAUUUUUAUUUGUUUUUAUGAUUUUAGGUAUUUAAUAUGGCAUUUUGGAGGCUUGGGUCUAAUUGGAACUAUGUUAAUAUAAAAGGUGAUGUAGCUGCACUAAAUAAAUUCCUAAAUUGAGAAAAUGGUUUUAAUAAGCUAGAUAUUGGUUAUGACAACAUAAAAAAUUAAAACUGAUCGAAAAGUUCUAUAAUUUUGAUACUUAAAAGUAUUUUCCACCAAACCAUCUAUUUUAACCUAAAACAAUAUAAAAGGCAUUGUAAAUCAUGUAAAACAAUAUGAAUCUUUUAAAAACUUUUUUAAAUACGUUGCUUAUAGACUGGACGAUAUUAAAAAACAUUUGCCACAAGGAUCAGACUCUAUGGGAUCGUAUGUUGACGGUAGUUUGAACCAGCUAUCGCCAAGGUGGAGAAACUGGGUGGUUAGAGGGAUAUUCUCGAUUGUUAUGAUUGGAGCCUUUACAUUGGUGGUCAAUAAAGGUGGCACAUGGCUUAUGGGCAUGGUAUGUCAGAAGCAAUUGGUCAAUUUGAGGGGGUUCUGGCUUAAAAUUACCUGUUUUCUUCAAAUUUUACGUAGUUUAAUAUCAGAAGUUUGGUUUAAUGGUCAUUUUUAAGAGUUUAUUGAUAUUGUAUGGGUUUGAUAUGUUAUUGUGUUAUGUUUUAGGUAUUUCUGAUUCAAAUGACAUGUUUCUACGAGAUCAUCAGUAUCGGAUUAUACGUAUAUCGACUCUACGAUCUACCAUGGUUCAGAGGUUUGUCUUGGUGGUUCUUAAUAACGUCAAAUUACUUUUUCUUCGGGGAAAGCUUGAUUGAUUACUGGUCGAUUGUGUUAAGAAAAGAUGUAAGUUGCUUUUUAUUAUGUUGUUUUGGUUUUUAGGUACAGAUUCAGACUUUUACGAUGUUAUUCAUGAUAUUAUACUACGUUUUGAUGGGAGAAACUUGAUUUUCAAUAUUUUUAGGAGUUCCUGCGCUAUCUGGUGGUUUAUCAUCGAGUUAUCAGCUUCUCCUUGUACUGUGUGGGCUUCGUGUGGUUUGUGCUGUCAUUGAGAAAAGGGUUAUAUCUUCGGCAGUUCUCGUUGGUAGGUUUAUAUUGCUUUGAUGUAUUUUUUGUUGAAAAACAACUUCGUUGAACAUUUUUUUGAUCUAAAAUGAUAUUGUUAACAUUGUCAAGUAUUUAAAAUGGCAACUUAUAUGGUUCUGGACAUUAAACUUUAUGUUAUUCAUGAUUUAGAACAUAAAAUAGCAUAUUAACCAUGAUAUUUGCUAUUUAAACUGAUGUUAUUCAUGAUCCCCGACUUUUUCAGUUUGCCUAUACUCACGUAGCUCUUCUACUAAUCGUAACUCAAUCUUUCUUGAUCGUCCAAAACCUAUUACAAGGUCUGGUAUGGUUCCUACUGCCGGUGUCAAUGAUAAUCUGUUGUGAUAUCAUGUCCUACAUCUUUGGCUUCUUCUUUGGCCGAACACCGUUGAUCAAGCUGUCGCCGAAGAAAACCUGGGAAGGAUUCAUUGGUGGUGCUUUUAGUACCGUCAUCUUUGGCGUUUGCGUAAGUUUCUGAGGGUUCAGGCGGUGGAAAGAAAGUGUUUCCGUUUUUUCAAAAGUUAUUUUUUUGCAUUUUCAGCUAGCCUCAACCCUCGUAAAUAACAAGUUUUACGUGUGCCCGGUCGAAUCGUACUACGAAAACAACAUGAACUGCACAUUACCAUUGGCUUUUGUACCACAGUAAGUUGCUUUACAAGAUGAAUAAUAUGACUUUGAAAGAUAAGGGCGGUUUUAAGCUUAAAAAUGUUGUUUUAAUGGUUUAUUAUGCUUUUGUACAAUUUAAAUGAUCGGUUUUCGAAGUUAAAAAAGUGGAAGUUGAGUGGAAGAUUUGUAACGUGAUUUGCACUGAAAAUCUUCCACCAAAAUUCCACUUUUAAAAACGGUUAAAAACGUGUUUUUAGGCCAUUUUAAGACUUUUUGGAAAUGGAAGUUGGGUGGAAGAUUUUUAGUGCAAAAUACAUUACAAAUCUUCCACCCAACUUCCACUUUGAAAAGUAUAGGUUUUUGGGUUUUAAUGCAAAUUAUUGAAAAAAUUGCUUUCUGAAGUAUUUUAGGCUUACGCUGCAUCUUUUUUGAGUGAUUUUGUAGGCAAUCCAUUGUAAUUCAUUUAAAAAUGGCACUUUUUCAGAGAAUACGAAGUUCCUCGCCAAUUCGCCUUCGUAUUCAAGGUCCUAAAACGAUCGCCAGUUGUCACAAUAGCACCAUUCAUCUUGCACGUGUUCGUACUUGCCCUAUUUGCAUCACUAAUCGCACCAUUCGGCGGAUUCUUUGCCUCCGGCUUCAAAAGAGCCUUCAAAAUUAAAGAUUUCGGAGCCAUAAUCCCUGGCCAUGGCGGCCUAAUGGACCGAUUCGAUUGCCAACUCCUCAUGGGCACAUUUGUCUAUGCCUACAUCCACUCCAUCAUCCGCUUCCCCAACUGGAACAAGGUGGUACAGCACAUUUUGUGGCUCCCGGUCGAUGAACAACUGGCCAUUUACGAGACUCUGCAGCGGAAAUUGAUCGAAAAUGGCGUUUUACCCGGUUUGUAA